CGCUGCCCUGAGCAGAACAUUCUGGUGGCUGACACUAUGAAGGGGACACUGCUUGUGCUGGCCUUGCUGGUGACCCAGGAGCUGGGCAUCGAGAUGGUGAAAUCUUGCCCCAUUUUUUAUUUUGCCUUUGGUGCCCUGGCCGUUGGAGAGAGGUUUCCGCUGGACCUCAGCCUUGAUCUAGUCGGUGCUACUGAGCCAGAAAAAGAAGCCUUAGAAAAAAUCCAGGAUUGCUACAAUGAAAAGGGACUGGAGGCCCAGGGCUUGGAUCUGAUUGUCAUGACUACCAUCACCACCAGCAACCAGUGCCUCUUGGAAGCCAUGGCCCCACUGAAGAAUGCCGUGGCCUCUUUGGGGAGAUGAAUCUUUGUCCCGGAUGCCCAAUCCCGAUACCGGUCCUUACCUCCGUCAGUCUCUCUCAGGCUCGCUGUAAUAAAGUAACUGCAGCUUA